UUUCAGACUAAAAUCCCCGUCUCCUCGUUUCUCCCUGGAAAGCUCUCAAAGCUUUCUAUCUCAUUCUGAGUUUUAUCUCUGUCUGUCAGGCGAUCAUUAAUCUAAAUCUAAUGCCUUUUUGCUUUCAACUUUCAUUAUUCUCCUAUUUAUUGUUCUAAAGGUUCCUGAUUUUUUUGUUACAUUCUGUUUCUGCUCGCAGUAAAUUUCUGUAGGUGCUCUGCGCAGCUUUCUCUUGGCUUGCACGGUCUGGAUGCCAUUUGGGUUCUCCGUUCUUGCUAUCGACACGGCAUAUUUCUUGCCAUUGGAUUCGGUUUGGUAUUUUCUUUCAGGAUGAACGAUGCCGGUGCUGCGUAGCGGAGCGCGCAGAGGCCGGGGAGCAGCAGCAGCAGCCAAGAAGCAGGUAAAUCAGACCGUGGAAUUCGAGGGGAUCGCGACAAGGACACGAAGAAGACGCGCGGAAGCAGCGGCUGCAAAUAAAAACAACAACACUGACAACAAUAGCGAUAAGGACCAGCAGCAGCCGGUAGAUGAAAACGUAGUUGCUGUUGCUGCAGUAUCGACGGGAGCAAUAGCAGUGAACCAAGGGGAGAAUAGGGGUUUAGACGGGGCAGUGGGAGUUGCUGGUGUUGGCGCUGUUGGUGGAGGGGCGGAAAAGGAGGAAGUAGGAGAGAGGCCUAUGGAUGACUACGAUAGUGCCGGAAAAAGUAAUGAUAAAGCCAAUGCUGGUGAAGAUGAGGGGAGCACUGCUCCACUUCCUGAGAAGGUUCAGGUUGGGGGGUCCCCAGUUUACAAAUUAGGAAAAAAGUUGGGCAAGGGUGGUUUUGGUCAAGUGUUUGUUGGUCGGCGUCAUUCUUCUGUUACUUCAAAUGAUAGAACUGGCCCUGGAGCUGUAGAGGUGGCCUUAAAAUUUGAGCAUAGAAGUAGUAAAGGAUGUAAUUACGGACCACCGUAUGAGUGGCAAGUUUACAGCUUUCUUGGGGGCAGUCAUGGAAUACCACAAGUACACUACAAGGGUCGGCAAGGUGACUAUUAUGUCAUGUUUUGUCUGAAGGUUAUGGAUAUCCUGGGGCCAAGCUUGUGGGAUGUUUGGAAUAAUAACUCUCAUACAAUGUCUAUUGAAAUGGUUGCUUGUAUUGCUGUUGAAGCAAUAUCAAUAUUGGAGAAUAUGCAUUCUAGAGGCUAUGUCCAUGGAGAUGUAAAGCCGGAGAAUUUUCUGCUUGGAUCUGUUGGAACUCCUGAUGAGAAAAAGUUGUUCCUUGUUGAUCUUGGAUUAGCAACUAGGUGGCGAGAUUCUUCCACUGGUCGACAUGUUGAGUAUGAUCAGAGGCCAGAUGUUUUCAGAGGAACAGUUCGUUAUGCUAGUGUCCAUGCCCAUUUGGGUAGAACAGCUAGUAGAAGAGACGAUUUAGAAUCUCUUGCCUAUACGCUCAUUUUCCUUCUUCGAGGUCGUUUACCUUGGCAAGGUUACCAGGGAGAGAAUAAGGGCUUUCUUGUUUGUAAGAAAAAGAUGGCUUCAUCCCCAGAAGGCCUAUGUUGUUUCUGUCCACUGCCUUUCAAACAGUUUGUUGAAUAUGUGGUGAACUUAAAGUUUAAUGAAGAACCUAAUUACGCAAAAUGCAUUUCGUUUUUUACUGGGAUUGUUGGUCGAGAUCCAGAUAUCAGGCCAAUCGACAUAGAAGGUGCCCUAAAGGUUGGUCAUAAGAGAGGCAGGUUGUCUAUGGAGGAUGAAGAAGAAGAAGAAGAUGAUGGACAACCAAAGAAGAGGAUUCGGUUAGGCAUGGCAGCAACACAAUGGAUUAGCGUGUACAAUGCUCGUAGACCUAUGAAGCAAAGGUAUCACUAUAAUGUGACUGAUGCAAGGCUUGCCCAGCACAUUGAAAAAGGAAAUGAGGAUGGCUUAUUUAUUAGUAGCAUAGCUUCAUGUCAAAAUCUUUGGGCCUUGAUUAUGGAUGCUGGUACUGGUUACACUGCACAAGUCUAUGAACUGUCCCCACAUUUUCUCCACAAGGAAUGGAUAAUGGAGCACUGGGAGAAGAAUUACUACAUCAGUGCCAUAGCUGGAGCAGCUAAUGGAAGCUCAUUAGUUAUUAUGUCUAAGGGUACUCUGUAUUUGCAGCAGUCGUAUAAAGUUAGUGAUUCAUUCCCAUUUAAAUGGAUUAACAAAAAAUGGAAGGAGGGCUUCCAUGUUACUGCAAUGACCACUUCAGGGAGUAGAUGGGGAGUUGUUAUGUCUCGUGGAUCAGGGUUUUCACACCAGGUUGUUGAACUCGAUUUCCUUUAUCCAAGUGAAGGCAUACAUCGUCGGUGGGAUCAUGGAUAUCGUAUUACAGCAGUUGCAGGAACUUGUGACCAGUCUGCUUUUGUUCUUAGUGUGCCAAGACAGAAACCUCCAGAUGAAACGCAGGAGACGCUUAGAACUUCUUCUUUUCCAAGUUCCCAUGUUAAGGAGAAAUGGGCAAAGAAUUUAUACAUAGCAUCAAUUUGUUACGGACGAACAGUGUCAUGAGUGACACCUCUUUCUCCAUGUAGUUGCCUGGUUGGGAAGUGAAAAACCCUGGUUUUCUGACGUGGCAUUAUCUUGGCUUAGAGAAAUUUUGGUCAGUAUAUAGCCUUUCAUCAAUUGUAAUCAAAAGUUACAAGCUUUGGUUUUGCCUAUCAUUUAUGUAAAAUUUCUACUACCGAAGUCUAAUCCACCAAAGCCCAACUUGAUGAUGGGCAUUUUUUAUCAACUUUCUGUACAGUCUUUGAAUACUUUCUCUAACUAGGGUGAAUGUAGAAGUCAUGAUCGUCUUUGUGGGAA